AUGUCGAACUCAUCCGGUGCUAUCCCGGUGCUUCCGCUAAACAACAUGCAGUUACACAACAACAUUGCUCGCCAAACCCCAACUACCCCUUAUAAGCCGCAAUUGCAUCCUAACAUAUACGAAAGGAUUUCAACUGCCAAGAAAGCAGCGGGCCUAGAGGAGGAUAACUUCUAUACAGACGAAGAUGUCGUCAACUACUCGCCUCGUGGCUGGCCCAAUAUAGCGUCGCAGCAGGUGUAUUUUGGCAAUCACAACAGCCAUAGGGGCUUCGACCCCCUGACGCACUACCUACUCACGUCUUACGAACUAAAGCUCUCCGUCAUCGAGAACGAACUAGACAAGAUGAACUGCGAGGAUGCGAAAGAGGGGGGAGAGCCCCUAUGGUCGCUUCCUUUCGACCGCGAGAAAUUCAUCACCCGCUGCCGUCAAGGGGUCGGACAUCUGCCGUUACAAUGCCCAGGAUCAAACUUGGAUGAGGUCGACCGUGCGACGCAGAGGGAGAAUAUGAUCACGGCCGCUAGGAUUCUACUCAAAGAAUACUUACAGCUUCUUCUCCUGCAGCGCGAUAUUAGGAGACUUCCGCGCGUAUCUCGGAGCGCACACGAAGCGCACUUUGCAAUGCUACGACGCGAUCAGGGACUUAACGAUCAGGCGUGCGCAUUUAUGCGCUACAUAGACGAUUUUAGGGACGAGAUCAGUACCAAGAAAAGUGGAUAUGGACAUGAGACCGCCGCCUCCAAUACCAGCGACAACUCGUCCAAAGAUCAUAACGCUUUGGUCCCGUGCGAGACCACAAAUGAGAUUGCCGACAGCAAAGAAGAUAUUGCUAAAGACGAGGCCCGGGCCUCUCCCGAAGAUAUCUGUUAG